CUCGGGAAACACUCUCUCUACCCUUCUUUUGAUCUGUGCUAUUGUUCCGCUCUAACUUGCUUCUCCUCACCUUCGCACCCGCGCUAUUAUAGUCGCAAAGUCGAUCCUCACAAUGGUCAAGAAGCCCGUCAUCGGCCUCCUUGGAGGUGGCCAGUUGGGCCGAAUGUUGUGCGAGGCCGCGGGGCCCCUCGGCAUCGAUAUCGCGAUCCUGGACGAGGCCAAUUGUCCUGCGAAGCAAGCUAACCAAAACAGCCGGCACGUCACCGGUUCCUUCAAGGACCCGGCCAAGAUCAGAGAACUGGCCGCCAUGUGUGACGUCCUCACUGUCGAGAUCGAGCACGUUAACACUGAGGUUCUCGAGGAGAUUGCGACCCGCGGUGUUAUCACUGCUCCAGGCACCGUCAAGAAAGUACCCUGUCACCCCCAUUGGCAGACUCUGCGUCUGAUCCAGGACAAGUACUUGCAAAAAGAGCACUUCGCCAAGGGUGGUCUCCCUAUUGCCCCUCAGAUGGCCAUUGAAUCCGGCCCUGCUAUGCCUGAGAGCCUCACAGCCGCUUACAGGGCAUUCCAAUUCCCAUUCAUGCUGAAGGCGAGAAAGGGUUCCUAUGACGGCCGUGGUAACUUCAAGGUUAGGGGCCCGGAGGACUACGAGGAGGCUAUUCGGACGAUGGGCAAGCUCUCACUCUACGCUGAGAAGUGGGUACCUUUCGAGAUGGAGCUCGCCGUCAUGGUUGUGCGGACUGAGGAUGAGGACGGCGAGUUGAGAAAGGUUCAUACUUACCCGGCUGUCGAAACUAUCCACGAGGAGAGUAUCUGCACCAAGGUGUACUACCCACCCCGCCAAGUCAGUGCGGAUGUAUGUGAGAAGGCACGCCAGGUGGCUGGGGAUGUUAUCAAGACGGUGAAGGGCAGAGGUGUCUUCGCUGUUGAGAUGUUCCUGCUCAAGGACGGCACAAUCACCGUCAACGAGGUUGCUCCUCGUCCCCACAACUCGGGCCACUGGACUAUUGAGGGUGUGCCCUACAUGUCGCAGUACAAGGCACAGCUCCACUCCAUCUUGGACAUGCUCCCGCGAUCUAUCAAGUUGCAGCCUCGCGUCUUCGGCGCUCUGAUGCUCAACAUUCUCGGCGGUGCGCGUGAAGACUCCCACGAAGAGUUGGUCGACCUGACCACAUCCUUAUACGAUGACAACAUGGAUGUGUUCCUCCACCUCUAUGGCAAAUCGUCCAAACCUGGCCGCAAGAUUGGACACAUCACCGUGACGACUCACUCUGCCAACUCCAGCUUGGAGAGGCUAGCAGCGCCUCUGAUUAACGAGGUGAACUACAUGCGCGAAGCGCGACUUGAUGCUGCCUCAGACCAACUCCGUCUGCAAGAGUCUCCUGCCAAGAAGACCAGCUCCCGCAACGCCGAUAAGCCCUUGGUUGUUGUCACCAUGGGUUCUGACUCAGACCUCAAGGUCUUGAAGGGUGCCUUCGAGAUUCUUGAGCAUUUCGAGGUUCCCUAUGACCUUGACAUCACUUCUGCUCACCGUACGCCCCAUCGUAUGGUUGAACUUGGAAAGACCGCCGCGCAGCGAGGCAUCAAGGUCUUGAUCGCAGCUGCCGGCGGUGCUGCCCAUCUCCCAGGCAUGCUGGCAUCCGAGACAACUGUGCCAGUGAUUGGCGUGCCCGUCAAGGCCACUCAUCUUGACGGCCAUGACAGCUUGCUGAGCAUCGUGCAAAUGCCCCGCGGUUGCCCCGUGGCAACGGUCGGCAUCAACAACUCCACCAACGCUGCCCUCCUCGCUGUCAAGAUUCUCGGGUCGUCCAGCCUCGAGUACCAGCAAAAGAUGGCUCAGUACAUGAGCAACAUGUCCCGGGAAGUUGAGCACAAGGCUUCCGAGCUGCAGAGUAAAGGAUGGAAGGCGUACCUCGAGAACCAAUGAGGGAAAAUGAAGAGAUUUUAGUAGCAUGUGUGGAACUUCACUCCACGUUUGGGCAGCAUUGAUUGAUACCAGCAAAGGCGUACAUAGGAAAGUUAGAAAAUAACAAAUAAGGGGCGGUCACCAC